CAGGAUCUUCAUGGCGCGUAGGUGCUUGCUGGACAGGCCUUCGGUGUAUAUAAGCUCGCUCGACCGCCAUAGCCAAACCACACAUUCCUCGCCUUCCUUGACUCGACAGCCUCACAGCUCUUUCGACCCCACACCGCUCACACCGCCAUGUACUUCAUCACCUCUCUUGUCCUGGCUCUCGCUGCAACGACUGCUGUCUCGAUGCCGUCCCCCAAGGCCCGCGGCGAGGACCGCAUCGCUCGUCGUGCCCGCGGCAAAAUCAUGUCGAGGGCCGAUCCGGCGGAUAACUCUCAAAUUCAGUUCAACCCAUUUGCAGCUGGCGCCGCCGUGACCGGGGCUGCAGGUACGAUCACAGGUGCCACCGGGUCGUUCGUGGCUACGGCGCCUAGUGUGCCUGAGGGCGAGGAUCCGACUGGUCUCUAUUCCUUCAGCAGCACGGUCGGCAUUGAUUGGCAGCUCUGCUUGACCGGCGGCGUCCUGAGUGGUGUCGGCUCCUACAUCCAGAAUGGUUCAGUGACCUUUAGUAUCGAUACCUCGGCUUUCCCUAGCGGCUCCAUCUCCCCCUCGGACUUCAUCAUCUCGGAGGGCGACAACAUUACUGUAAGCGUCACCGCGACAAAUGCGACGUCUAGUACGUCAGUCUAUACCAACCAGAACACGAACCAGACCAUCUCCGUGGUCAUCGCUUCCGGCACUUUGUGCAUGGCGGAGGCAGACUUUAUCAUAGAUCAACUCAACACCUCCCUUGCCGAUUUUGGUACGGUCGACUUCACUGGUGUAUCUGCCGAGACCGCUGCAGGUUCUCUCGACCUCUCUGGCGCAACCAUUUUCGAAAUUCAGAAGCACGGCACUAAUUUGUCUACCGUCUCGAUCACGAACUCGAGCGUCCAGGUCACAUACCUCUAAUGUGGCAGAAGGGAUGUAGGUUUUGUGGGUCUCGGGAAAUGGAAAGGAGAUGGUGUAUGGUUUAUUUAUAUAUCCCCUCGUGCUAGAAGAACCUAUAUUUAUUUUUUGUAACACUGCUUGUAUAAUGUUCCCCAUCAGCAAUUUCCCAGCGGGUCUGGAGGCGCUGGAAAGUGUCUGGCGGUACCGGGCGCUGACACCAGCAUCAUCAGGACCACACAGCACCUCCAGAGUCGUGUAAUCACUCCAGAGCCUCGGCUACGAACCCAGACACCUGUCCGCCGCUGUACUCAAUGUGAUCAG